CGGCCGCUGAGCUUCACCGGAAACGGAAACGGUCUUUUGUUUUCCUCUCGUCUCGCUCCUCUCCUCCGGGCAGCGACAGAAGUUUGAAACAGAAAAUGGAGCACAAAUUGAUCCUGGCGGUCUCCGGCUUCCCGAGCCUCUACGACACCAACUCUCUGACCUACAGGGACCUGAACAUGAGAGCCGAGUCGUGGAGACAGGUGUCAGAGAUCGUCGGUGUUCCCGAGUCUGAGUGCAGAAGGAAGUGGAAGACGCUGAGGGACCAACACCGGAGGGAACGGCAGCGGGAGAAAGAGCGGCGUGAGAGCGGCAUCGGGCUCUUUAACUACAGGCCGUGGAGAUACUCGGCCAUUCUGUCGUUUUUAAACCCCUUUAUCGACGCCAGAGCUGCCGGCACCAACGGCUGGGCUCUGGACCCGCAGCCCUCUCUGUUCCACGCCUCAGAGAUGGGCUGCAGUACGACGACCGAAACACGCAGCGACGACGACGACGACGACGAGCAUUACGACAUCUCCGUCGUAGACGCGACGACGACAACAACGUCCUCCUCCUCCUCAGAGUUCGUUCAGAGGAAGCGGCCGUCGUCUGCCAACAGAGACGGCAUCAGAUUCAAAGAAGCGAAGCUGGAGGGGACGUCAGACGGCGCUGCGAGAGACGACUGUGCACAGAUGCAACAGCACGACAACAUGAAGGAACUGUUUGAGAUGAUGAUGCACUCCGUCACCUCUCUAGCGGCGUCCUUAGCUUCUUCGCACUCUUCCUCGCAGCCCUCAGAUCAGCUGAUGCCUCCUGCGCGGUCGUCGCCGGGAGUCCCACAGCCCGACCUGCGUCCCCUGCAGCCGUCCUGCGCCGCCUCCGGGCUCAGCCACUUGAAAACAGAGGAGCAGGAAGCCGAGGUGGCGGAGCUGUUGGUGCUCACUGACGGCGAGGAGGAUUGCGACGCCGCGUCUCCCAGGCCGACCCGGGCCAAGAGGAAGAGCGGCAGCGACGCUCUGCUGGAGGAGUACCUGAGGAGGCUGGAGGCCCGCGAGGCUCAGAGGGAGCGGGAGCUGGAGCAGAGAGACGAUGUGACGCUGUUCUUACUGAGCUUGGCUCCGGCCAUGAGGAGACUUCCUGCAGAGAAACAGUCCUGGGUCAGAACCAAGGUGCAGCAGUUUCUACACGAGGCAGAGUUCGGUGCUACCAGUUUCCAGUGACCCAAAUCAUUUUUAUAAAUACUGAACGGAUCACAUAUUUGUGGACUUUAUGAAAAAUAUAAUUCCCAUUUUUUUCCAUUUUUAUGAUAUUGUAUCGUUUGUGCUGUUUUUAAUAAAACAAUCCUUGUAACUGUAAUUUAUAUUUUGAUAUAUGAAUUAUCAAAGUGAAGACGGUAAACACGACGUUCCUUUGUGUGUAGAGAAAGAACACGUGAUCAGAAACAUGGUUGUUGUUGAGAUUAAACUGUGAAAUAUAUGGAUUUAUAUAUA